ACCUGGUACCAGCAACAGCGCUGGAGAGAAAGAGAGCGAGAGAGAGAGGUGUGUGUGAGAGAGAGAGAGAGGGAGAGAGAUGGAGGGAUGACAUAAAGCGAAGCAUAAAGAGGAAGACAAGAGAAAGGAAACCGGACUGCACGCGCUCACACCCCUUCAUGUAUAUACUUGGAAUAUAUUUGGGAUUUUUUGCCCCUCUUGUAUUCCUUCCCAACGGCGUUUUUUAAUCGAGCAGGAAAUCCGUGACUGGCUUCAUCAAAAUCUCUGACAUACCCACACACACACACACACACACACACUCACAUACACACACUCACAUAUAUGGAUACGCAUGUACAUAAAGGGGAAUGUGUGGCUUUUAUUUUAACAUUUGGACUCCACUGAGAGAAAUAAGGUGAGAACACCGGUUACGCAUUUACACACCCACCUACGCGCGGAGCGGACUUUGGAGAGGAUUUGAGUCAUCAUCUUUUUUCAUUAUUGCUGCGCUGCAAAGUUACGAAGAAAUCUGGGGACUUGAGUCGUGACAGUAUGGAUGGAUCUGGUGGGUUAUUUGGCGCAUUCGGCGCCCGUCGCCUUCCCAGGAUAUGGUGCUGCUGGAAGGUUUUCUUUCUGGUCAGCGUUUUCUUUCACAACUACUUGAGCUCCUUGCUGGACUGUCCGCCCACCUGCACCUGCUCGCCCACAGAGAUCUACUGCAAUAAGUCUGACAACAGCAAAUUCUUCCCGCUGCUGUCCUUCCAGGUAACCGGGAGCGCCGGGAACAGUACCGGGAGCAUUGAGGACCUUUUCCAGAACAUCACCUCCAUACACAUUGAGAACUGGACUGGUCUGCAGACGCUGAGGGAUGUGGACAUGGAGCUCUACACUGGCUUAGAGAGGCUCACUAUUACAAAGAGCAGCCUGCAUGUGAUCCACGCUCGAGUCUUCUCCAAAAACCCCCACCUGCGCUACAUAAACCUGUCCAAGAAUCCCAAGUUGACCACAUUGUCUUGGCAGAUCUUUGAACAUCUGCAGCUCUUUGAACUCCAUUUAGAGGAGGUGGAGUUUGCCUGUGGCUGUGAGAUCCGCUGGCUGCAGCUAUGGCAACAGAGAGGAGAGGCGGGUCUAAGCAGCCAACAGUUAUACUGUUAUGAUGGCUUCAGGAAGAUACUGUUGCAGAACAUGAACAUUAGCAGUUGUGACUUGCCUGAUAUCAGUGUCAGUCACAGCAACCUCACAGUCAUAGAGGGUGAUCGAGUAACAGCGAUUUGCAACGGCUCUGGAUCCCCAUUACCUGAGGUGGACUGGCCUGUCAACGGCUUGCACUCCAUCAAUGCACAAGAGGCCAGAGUCUACGACAACAACACCAUCCACUCCAUCAAAAUAACAUUGGUCAAUGUGAGCAGAGAUGACAACAACUUCUUGCUAACCUGCACUGCCACCAACAUAGUGGGCAUGACCAAUGCUUCUGUCCAGCUGACUGUUCACUUUCCUCCCUCUAUUGUGAAGCUGAGGGAGCCAGAACGCCGACAUGACACAUGCAUAGAGUUCACUGUUAGAGGUUCUCCCCACCCGACCUUACGAUGGUUCUACAGAGAAAAGGAAAUUUCCCACACUGAGUAUGUGCGUCCUGAUAUGGAUAUUUACCAGGACUACAUAGAGGGCUGCUUAACCUUCAAAAACCCAACACACCACAACAAUGGCAACUACACUUUGGAGGCCACCAACUAUCUGGGUGUAGCCACCAGUACUGUGUAUGGGCAUUUCCUCGACAAGCCCUUUGAUGAUCCUGAAGAUUAUGAUUUUGAAACCCCAACUACAGAGACUCACAAACCUGAGGAAGAUACUUUUGGGGUCUCCAUAGCUGUGGGCCUGGCAGGGUUUGCCUGUGUGAUGCUGGUGGUUCUCUUCCUUCUCAUCAACAAGUAUGGCCGACGCUCCAAGUUUGGCAUGAAAGGACCAGUAGCAGUGAUAAGUGGUGAAGAAGACUCUGCCAGCCCCCUUCAUCAUGUGAACCAUGGGAUUAUCAGCCCCUGUACGUUGGAUGCUGGGCCAGAUGCUGUGGUGAUUGGAAUGACCAGGAUUCCUGUCAUAGAGAACCCACAGUACUUCAGACAUGGACACAACUGUAACAAACCCACUACCUACGUCCAGCAUAUCAAACGGCGGGACAUUAUUUUGAAGAGGGAACUCGGAGAGGGAGCCUUUGGCAAGGUCUUCCUGGCUGAAUGUUACAACCUGAGUCCCACCAAGGACAAGAUGCUUGUAGCUGUAAAGACUCUGAAGGACCCCACUCUGGCAGCCAGGAAGGAUUUCCAGCGUGAGGCUGAGUUACUGACCAACCUCCAGCAUGAGCACAUAGUGAAGUUCUACGGAGUGUGUGUGGAUGGAGACCCUCUCAUCAUGGUCUUCGAAUACAUGAAGCACGGAGAUCUCAAUAAGUUUCUCAGAGCCCACGGGCCAGACGCCAUGAUCCUGGUGGAUGGACAGCCUCUGCAGACCAAUGGGGAGCUAGGUCUGUCCCAAAUGCUUCACAUAGCGAGUCAGAUCGCAGCUGGGAUGAUCUACUUGGCGUCUCAACACUUUGUGCACCGUGAUCUGGCAACCAGGAACUGCCUGGUGGGGAAUGGCCUUCUGGUGAAAAUAGGAGACUUUGGCAUGUCCAGAGAUAUUUACAGCACAGAUUAUUACAGGGUGGGAGGUCACACCAUGCUGCCUAUCCGCUGGAUGCCCCCUGAGAGCAUCAUGUAUAGGAAAUUCACCACAGAGAGUGACGUGUGGAGCUUUGGAGUCAUUCUGUGGGAGAUCUUCACUUACGGCAAACAGCCAUGGUUCCAGCUCGCCAACAAUGAGGUGAUAGAGUGUAUUACUCAGGGCAGGGUGCUGGAGCGCCCCAGGCUCUGUCCCAAGGAGGUCUACGAUAUCAUGCUGGGCUGCUGGCAGCGAGAGCCACAACAGCGCCUCAACAUUAAGGACAUUCAGAAGAUGCUGUUUACUCUGAUGAAAGCCACACCAGUCUAUCUGGACAUACUGGGAUAGAAAUGGAUACAGGGUGGAGAGAAAUGGGACGUAUUUUAGGAUGAACUAAAUCAUAACUGGAAUAGAAAUGAGGACACUGGAUCAGAGGGAAAUAGAUUUCCUUGGAGCCAAAGUCUUGGCUGGACUCACAACAUAGUCUGUGAUGGAAUCAUGUGAAUCAGGAUUAGGAAUGACCUGAACCUUGCAUCCAACUGCCUGACAUAUGAGGACUGGAAUUACCUAAUUAAAGUGGAAUGAUGCGUGUUUAGUCAGCUUAAAAUGAACCGGAUCACAUUGCACUGCAUCACAUUAUAAUCAAAGGAAACGUCUUGGACUUUCACCUACAUGGUCGGGUCUAAGCUUAUGUGGUCAAGUCUUGUUUCUUUUCAAAUGAUCUCAUGAGUAUUAAGACUUGAUUAUGAAGUAUGGAUUGCAUCAAACUGUUGCCCAAUUGUACUGGGCUGGUGUGGAUUGAUUUUCUUAUCCUAAUAAUUUAGUUACCAUCAUUUCCUAGCUUAUGCAUCUUCAUUUUACUCUUUAAAGAUCAGUGCAGUUUCGGUUCUAUCCUAGUUUUGAUGAAGCCUGACCAAGUCUGGAAGAGUUUGUUUUUGUUCUGUGUCCCCUAGUAAGUCACUCAUGGGAUGUUUUGGCUAGGUUUCGCAAAUCCUGAAUUAGAGACAUCCUACUCGUUAGGCCAUAUUUGGCUUGUAUUUUUGCCUGGUCUAGAGCUGGAGGUGCAUACAAUCACACAGUAAACAUCCAAGACUUCCAUGGUGUAAUGCAGAAAGUCAGUAAUCUAAACAAAUCCCUGUGCUUUUUAACAAUUUGGAUGCGUGUAUGUUCUAAGACAUCUUACCCAGGCUUGUCUAUUUGCCUCUAAUUUUCCGUGUCUUGGACUUGCCUGGUCACCAUUAAUGUCGCUUGACCAGAUAAGACUCAGUGCCCCUCAUGUAUAGCUUGAAAGUGUUAAUGACAAAUGUCCAGGAUCCAGGAUAAAAUCAUCAUGAUGAGUCUCAGCUUUGAAGUAGGCUACUAAACAUGCUUGUUAAUUAUAUCUGUUAGGGUUGGAAUUAUAUUUAUAUUUAAUGGCACACACAUACUCACAUUCCUUUUUGAGUGUGAAAAAGUUGUCUGUCUGAUGGAACUAAACUGCUGCAUCAUUCUAUUGUGGGACAUUUGUUCUCCAUUACUGUUCCUUAAACUGGCAGCUUGUGGCUGUGACCAGAAUUGUUCUGAUACAAAUGUCAACAAUCAGAAUGAAAGGAGGACGAUGCAGUUCUGGCUUAACAUUAAGGGAAUGUACGGUACUGCCACCCGUAACCUUUUUUUUUUUUUUUUUUUUUUUUUCAAUUUUUCCACACUGUUGUUCAUUAAAAUGUUAAGGAGGCAAGUCAACAAGAGAGGACAGUGUGGAUAAAUCAAACAAGUCAUGUACAGCAGCCACUGAGUUUUUAAGUGCUAGACCAAUGUCAACAGGCUCCAGUGUUUUUACCUUCAAAGCCUUCAUAGACACACCCUUCAGUACCCCCUCCCCCUCAUGUUGCCCCACUGAGGUGUUCACUUCUGCAAGAACCUAACCAGACCUUCCAAUCGUGAGCCAGGAUGGCCUGAGAGUGACUGACUGUCGCCACAGAUAUGGACCUAAGUGCCUCCUACUUCUUUCUAAACACUGGGAACUUAAAAGAAAUAGUCUUUCAAAAUAAGAGCACUUUUACAUUUUGUUUACCUGCUUAAAGAUGUACACUAGCUAUAAACUUUCCUCAUUUUUCUUACAAACAAGCCUACUUUCAACAAUCUGUAUAUUGUAAAAAAAAAAUAUUCAAAAACACAAAUAAAAUCAUUAAAAUGACACAGAAAAAGGGAAAAAGGGAAAAUGAACAAAAAAAGCUCUUUUGUACCCUUUGCAGCUUGAUAAGAACAUCAAACUACCCAAGGUGAAGCUACAUUUUCUGUUUUGUUUUUUUUUUUUUUUAAAUAUACAUAAUCUAUAUAUUUUUUAUUUAUUUUUACUUUAAUUCAAAGAGUGGACCUCUGCCAUGCUUCAAAGCCAUUGGAAUAUUCUGCCAUUUGGUAGAAAAAAAACUGAUCACCAUUAAAAGACAAACGAUUGGCAGGGAGGAGCCUUUCAAGAUUGCAUAAAGAGGUGUGUUUUUGUGUAGUGUGCUUUACCUGGAUCCACUCUGACAUCAGAUCCUGGACAUGAUUGAGCAACAACAGCUUUAUGGCAACAGAAGGUCUGAACUGAAAGGAGGACGGUGGAGCUACCAGUCCAUGAACAAAUCUUGUUACUUAAAGAAUGUAUAUACUGUAAAUCUCUACAUCUUGAGAUAUGUUAACUUAUUUCCGUUUCUCAAGUUUGAUUAUUUUUAGCUUCUUGAUGUGUUGUUAUAUGGUUAAGUGAAAGCCAAUAGAUAUUUUGAUAAUCUUUCCAUUGUGAUAUACUGUUAAUAUUUACUUUAUCUAGUCAUAGAGUGUCAUUUUAACAAGAUAAUCUACAUUUACAUAAUUUCAAUUCAUUGUACUUUUAGUUAAUCAUUUGAUGGUACUGUAUGAGUCAGGACAGUAGGAGAAAGAUGUAAAGUUAAUGGGUCAUUCAUUUAUUAACCUGCUCAGAAUUAAGGUACUGCUCUAAGAUCAGAGACAUUCAUCACGCUUAAAGAAACAGUUGAGUAUUUUGUUAUUUACUUUGUUGCCAUAAGCCACCCAGAGUCAGAUCAAAAGAUUGAACUCAUUUAGAACACACCUUUACUUUCUCAAGUGUGAGUGUGGCAUUUACAACAAGCUAACCCCAAAAUGUCCAACUGUUAUACCAUGCUGUUACCAUAAAUAACAAUAAGUGUGUUAUCUUUUAUUUUGGCCAUGCUGGGUUCAUUUUUGUCUCACUUUACAUUACAAAUAUUGUACAUUGUUCAUGUUUGAAUUUAUUUCACACUCAAAACAGCUUUUCCUGAGGUUUGUCAGACACUGCUAACACACACACACACACACACACACACACACACACACACACACACACAUGCAUAUAUAUAUAUAUAUAUAUAUAUAUAUAUAUAUAUAAAGCAUUGGGUCACUGAACCCCAACAAACCAUUUGUCAGAACAGUUCCAUUUGUCUUGUUUACUACAUACAUAAUAUAAUAAACCAACAAUCAAAAGGCAGCAUUGUGUCCAUUAGUUUGACACAUGAAACCCAUGCUCAGUCAUGGAAAAGUCAACAGUAAAAUGACCUUUGUCCUAAGUUUGUCCUAAAAGUGAAGACAGGUCUAUAGUCCCUCAGGGUGAAAGGACUGUGAAAGGUUUAGCACAGUCUGAUUGCUGUGAGAUAGCUACGUGUGAGCCACGGUCAUACUGUUCACCAUACUGAUAUUUGACGUUAAAGGUGUAGCAAAGGUGUAAAAUGUAUCAAGAUUGAAUGGAUGCAGAUGUGCUGCCUGGGCAGAGAGUGAGAGCAAAUCUGAUCCCAAUGCUUUUCCAAAUUCUGCUUAGACUUAUGUGCAGCUUUGAGUUUUUAACAAAUUGUAUGUUCAUGUAUAAAUUGCAAUCACAGUAUCCGGAUAAAAUAGGGUCAAAGUUAUCUCACAGCAGAGGUGCUUGUGUGAAACCUUGCCCAGAGUGCAAACCAGCCUUUGUGUCAAAGCCCUUUCAAAAACUACUGUAUGAUACCAUUACUACUGUAAUUAUAAGUGUCUGUUUUAUGAUUUAACUGUAACCACAUUAAUUAUAUUCCAUAUGUAUAAAUAUUUAUGAAGAUGGAGUUUUAGCAAGCACAGAAAACUCAUGUAAGCUGCAGUAGCUCUUGAGUCUUAUGUGCAACAACUCACUUCUUGUCGUUCACACUACAGAAAAAAAGUGUGUUGUGCAUAAAAGGGAAAAAGAAACGUUUGUAAAAACACACAUCAGAUCAAUACUUUGUGGCAUAUACAUUGCAUCUCUCUCACUGUGAAUGUUUUCCUUAUUUUUUUUAUCUGAAUGUCCUCCAGGAAGUCAUGUUUUACCAGUAUGGUCUAUCAGGUACUCGGGAGGAGUAGCUUUAUUAGAACCUCGCUCUGCAUGUUCACAGGAUUAUUCAUUCAUUCAUUCAUUCAUUACUCAUGUGAAACUCCUUUCAUGGACAUGGCUUAGAAAUCAUGUAUGCACUGACUUGCUUAAUGGUAGACAAGAGUGUAUACAUAUUCUGAAUGUUAGAUAAAUCUACAUUUUCUUAAAAAGUGUUUAGACUGAACAUGAUGCAAAAAUUUAUUGUGCAUUAUUCACUAGCGUUUGAGCAUUGGAGUGUUUGUGCAGUUCGUAUUUGUCCCAAACUGUAAUGACUGCACAGACGUUAACUGUACUCUAGCUAGUCUUGGGGUAUGCUCAGAUUUGUAUUUUUUUCUGAAUAUGUUUGUGGACAAUUGGGAGGGUUCAAACUAUUGCUUUUGAUGGGGCUACAAUCCUUUGAGCACAUUCUGUCUGCUUUCACUCACAGGAACAACUGUUGACCUCAGAUUUCUCUCAUCACUGUUCGCCCACAAUUUAUCCCUCAAAACACUACCAGUAAUCACUAUGUGAUUCUUCUGACUUGAUCUCUUUUGUCAUUUGUCACUCGGUUUUCCUAGUAAAACAACCUUUUAAAGUGUUGAACACCUAGCUCGUCAACCAUAUUUAUAGUUUGAAGAAAAAAAAGUCCCAAUUUAGUGAGAAUACAUAGUUACUUGUCCCAGAUGAACUAAGACUUCUGUAGGAUGUACAAAAACAGGUAACACGCAGUCCAAGGCAGCAGUCAUUCAACAUGUUUUCUGUUGUGUGUAAAGACUUAAUCUAUACGUUUCACAAAAAUGGCCACAUAUUGUACUAUUAUUAUUGUAUAGUACUAGACUAUUGUAAUUAUAUUGUAUUGCAGCAUGUUUCAACCUGCUGUAUAGCUACAAAAUCCUUUUGUUUUGCUGCAACUUUCAUAUACAACAUUUAACAAUUUAUCCUAGUGAACACAUAUGGCCACUGGGUAAGUAAAUGUAACAAGGAUUUCUUCAAAUCUAAAAUAAUUUCACAGUGCUUCUCCAUGACUGACAACUCUUCUCAACAGCCUUAAUAUGUACUUAAAAGAUUCUCCAUGUGGGGUUCUCACUUCAGUAUAGAAAGGCAAAAAGUUAACACAGUGCCUCAUGGUGAUCUUUCUUGUGUUCAUUUAGUCAGUUCAAUGACAUAGCAAAGAUAUAUUUACAGAAGAUCCCUCUGUGGUUACUUUGGAAAUUCUCAUUUUAAUUCUCACAGACUCUAUGUUUCUCAUUAAAGCUGCACUAAGCGUGAAAAUCCCAGCUGUGAGGCUGCUAUAGAGAAGUGCCUCAGUGAGUUAGAUCAGCCCUUCCUUUGACAUAUUAAAUUGUAUUGUCAGUAUGAGAAUGUUGUCUCUGUAGAUGGGAAGCAAUAAACUGAAAGCAAAAACUCAUCUGAGAAACUCCACUGUUCAGACUCACCAAAAUCACUUUCCCAUGAUAUCCUUUGGUAUGGUAAAACUAGUUCUCUGUCGACAGUCUUGUUUGGGAAGGUUUAGCCUGCUAGCCUUUCAAAACUUAAAACAAGGCAGCCACUUAAGGAACAAUCACCAACAACUUGUUCAAUUUUCUUAUUUCUCCUGGGUUCAACAGAGCUAAAACACUACAAACCUGCUGCUGCAGUAUGUGCAGGCUUCCUGGAGGACAAAACAACUCAAACUCUCAAAUAUUCAAAACAGACUCAUCACACUGCUAAAAUGUGUCCUGUAUAAUCACAGCCUUAAGCUUUCAUUGAGUGACUCCCAGUUGUAUACUUCAGUACUUUUAAUGGCAUAAUUGUAUAGGGUUAGGGGAAGCAAUUCUUUUUUUUUCCCUAUCUGUUGGCUCUUGACAACACAUUUACUUUUCUCUUCUCCUUUCUCUUUCUUCUUUCCAUGCUGUUCAUUCAAUCUGACUUGCUCAUGCUCUCUUUCAUUCUCUCCCUUUACUGUGUAUCCUCCUGCAUCAUGUUUCCCACACAAAGUAUUUAAGCUGAAAAUGUUAAAGUCAUCAUUACUCAGUAAUACAUCUAUGUCAUUUCCCUUCUGCUCUCUCCCUCUCUGGGGAACGUGUUGUAUAUCCGUCUCCAUACUAUCAUUUAUAACUCUAUGUAUUAGAAUAAUUUGACAACUUAUAUAAUGUCUUUUUAAUAAGCUGAGAUGUGGUGAACUUUUAAGGUGGCUCUGUGUAUGAUUCUGACUCAUUAAAAGUUACUUCAUCUUUGAA